UUUUCGUCGUCAAAAUUCCCAAAUCAAUUUGUUGUUUAAAGCAAAACCCAUCUGACAAAACCGCGUCAAUUUCCUUUUCCUGAUUGUUUAUUCCUUUUUUGUUCCAGAUUCCGAUGUUCAUUUGAACGACCCAUUUCAAAUGGCGCUCUUCAAAUCCCCCAUUCUGAUGGAUCUGAUCUGAAAGAUUCAUGAACAUUUUGAGGAUUCUGAAAUGGGUUUUGAUUCAGAUCUCUGAAUCCUGUUCUGGGUCGAUUUGUUUCUGUUUUUCUGGGUUUUUUAGGGCUGAAAUUGGGGAAAAAUGGGUAAAACGAUGAACAGUUCCGGCCGGGAUUGGACUCAGAUCUAUGCGAUCUAUGGAGUAGAUCAAUGGCAGACCAUAGUGUUUCUUCUUCUACAUGCUGUGUUUUUUACUGCGCUUUCCCUUUUUUACCUUUCUUACUUCGAAAUCAUCUGUUCUUUCUUCGAGAUUCUGUUUUCUGGCGCCUCCGCCCGUUUCGCCGUCGGCUUCACCGGCUGCGUCACUGCCAUCUCCGCCUUCUGUCUCUUCUUCGCCGCCGCGAACAUCUUCUACUCCUCCCUCCCUCUCCACUACGAAAUGGCUCUCCGUAUGGUUAACGCCGUCUCCGAUUGGUCAACUGUCAAGCACGCCCUCGACCUCGGCUGCGGCCGCGGCAUUCUUCUCAACGCCGUUGCGACACAGCUCAAGAAGGAAGGGAGUUCGGGUCGGGUUGUGGGGUUGGAUCGGAGCAAACGGACGACGUUGUCGACGCUUCGAACGGCGAAGAUGGAGGGUGUGGGAGAGUAUGUCACGUGCCGAGAAGGCGAUGUUAGACGGCUACCGUUUGGGGAUAACUACUUCGAUGUGGUGGUUUCCGGUGUGUUUGUGCACACGAUUGGGAAGGAGCACGGGCCGCGCACGGCGGAGGCGGCGGCGGAGCGAAUGCGAGUGGUCGGAGAAUUAGUUAGAGUGUUGAAGCCGGGUGGGACUGGGGUUGUGUGGGACCUACUGCACGUGCCGGAGUACGUGCGAAGGUUGCAAGAAUUAAAGAUGGAGAAUAUUAGAGUCUCGGAGGGUGUAACGGCCUUCAUGGUCAGCAGCCACAUCGUGUCGUUUACGAAGCCACUUCAUCACUUUGUGGGGUUUGGCGAGGUCCGAUUGGACUGGAGAUGCUGACCUGGCAUAAUCUCAUUGCCCCGUCAGCUUUUUUUUUCUUUUUUUAAAAAAAAUUGAGAGAAAAAAAGAAAUCUCGUAAUUUUAAUUAUAUAGUAAUUAAUAGGGUGUAGUGGUAAUUUGGGUAGGCGAAGCAGACCCAAAAGGUUUAAUGGAAAUAUAAAUAUAUAAUUAUGCUGAUUUUUCUUUUA